GUGCGUGACGUAGGAGGAAGAAGCCGCCAUUAGGGGCAGCGGGGCCGCGGCCGCUGGGCAGGUUCGGUUGCCGGGUUCCUCUCCAGCCUCUGUCUCUACGGCCUCGCCGGUGCCUCCCCAUCCUCCUGGCCUCUCUUCCCCGUGGGCCCUCGUCCCGGUGGGCGGCGGCGCCGCCGCGGUGCGGCCCGUUGAUGUGAGGCGCGGCUCGGCGGCGGGGCGCGGAUGGCGGCGGGGGCCGGCGCGGCGGCCGGGGGCCGCAGCUUCUCCUUCAAGGUGGUGCUGCUCGGGGAGGGCUGCGUGGGGAAGACCUCGCUGGUGCUGCGCUACUGCGAGAACAAGUUCAACGAUAAGCACAUCACCACCCUGCAGGCAUCUUUUCUUACGAAGAAACUAAAUAUUGGUGGAAAAAGAGUAAACCUUGCAAUAUGGGAUACAGCUGGUCAAGAAAGAUUUCAUGCAUUGGGGCCUAUCUACUACAGGGACUCUAAUGGCGCUAUUCUAGUAUAUGAUAUAACAGAUGAAGACUCUUUUCAAAAGGUAAAAAACUGGGUUAAGGAAUUAAGAAAAAUGUUGGGAAAUGAAAUCUGUUUAUGUAUAGUAGGUAACAAAAUAGACUUGGAAAAAGAGAGACAUGUUUCAGUGCAAGAAGCAGAAAUGUAUGCUGAAUCUGUUGGAGCAAAACAUUAUCAUACAUCAGCUAAACAGAACAAAGGAAUUGAAGAACUGUUUCUUGACCUUUGCAAAAGAAUGAUAGAAACUGCUCAAGUGGAUGAAAGAGCAAGAGGCAAUGGCUCCAGUCAGUCAGGAAUAGCAAGGCGAGGUGUACAGAUCAUUGAUGAUGAGCCACAAGUACAGAGCAGUGGAGGGUGCUGUUCUUCUGGAUAAUUAUAAAACUGUGCAUCACUGCCCUCUCAAUACGAAGACUGCCAUAUUCCAAGUCACACAUUCUUUACCAAUGGAGUAAUAGAAUUAACAGUAUUUAAAAAUAAUCACAUGUAACACUGCAGAGACCUUAAGUGCUAAACUAGUGGCGUCAGUGACCAGAGAAUUGGCGUUUUCUACAGUGGUUAACAAAGCAAUUACCAAUGGCCUUUUUACAUAUUUUUCUUUAAUAAGGAAUAAUAUGCAUGUAGAAAAGACCUACUUAAAGGCUUCAUUUAUAUUCUUUUAAAUCAGAUCAUUAUUUAAUAACUUAUAUACAUUGUUGUUGGAAUGGUAUACGUUUUUGCAGCUCUUUGUACUUUGUGGUAGAUGGAAUUGUAUCACUUCUAAAAUGCAAAUUGAUUUUUUUUAAAUUAGCAGAUAUCUGAAUUAAUAUUUUUGCAGGGCCUCCACAAGCCUAUAACUCAACUACUUUGAUAUAUUCUGUUCAUCUGUAUGCCAAGCUGAUAAAAUACAUUGUAAAUUACAUAUUAAAUACUUUAUCUGCUUUUACAGUUGCAGGUGCAGAAAUAUGUACAUCAGUCUUGUCUGUGAUUGUGAAGUGAAUAAGUCAGUGAAAGAUGCAAGCUUUUCAUGUGCACUGUUAAAUUGCUCAUUCUAUUCCCCUACUUGAAAACAACUUAGUUUUGGGUACAUCCAUAGCUACAGCAAUUCUUUAAUCCAUUUCUGGCAAGCAGCAGUAUUUAGAGUAUCCCCUUACUGGAAGAGAAUGCUUCUGUAAACUGCUGUUUAACAUAGAGAUUUGUUUGACUUGCAGCUAAAACAGCUGGUGCAUGCACAUACCUUGCCUCUGCAGUUACUUUGUUAUCUCAGAAGAUCCCCAGAAAGUCAAAGCAACUUUAGCCCUCAUCUCUCUGGGAGCCAGUAAACCAGAUGCAUGGGAAACUCUUUAGCUGCUCCAAUACAUUUGUUUCCAAAGACAGCAUUAUAAACUAUUCAUGAGCAUAUUUUUUUCCCUGUGGGGCUUGAGUGAACAAUUAAUUGGCAUUAACUAGAAUUUCUAAUUUGGAGUGAUUAAAUUGAAGAUGUGAAACUUGCCAGAUGUAGCUGUAACUAAGGGGAUUCGAGGCAGAAUUGAAUUUAUGCCCAACUUGCUCUUUCUCCUGUAAAGUGUUUUGAAAAAGCCCAUUUAAGUUUCAGGAGGAGGGUUUCAGAAAAAAAUGUGUAAACUACUAUCAUAAAAGAACAUAAAUGGUGGUAGCUGAAACUUCAAAAUGUUUUGUGCUCUGACUUUUUUUACUUAAGUUGUCAUGCUUGGAAAAACAGUAAAGGUGAUGUCUAUGACAAAGUAGAAUAUCCUUGGCCUUCCUUUUUCUGAAAGGUAGAUUUAGUAUUGCAUAUGAAUGCACUGAAUGGUGUGGGUAUGUUCUGAUAAACAAAAAAGUAGUACUAAUGAAUUAGUCUGUAUAAGAAGUGUGCUGUCUUCAAUCUGAUUUUUAUUUUCUCUGAAAUAAUAGAAGGCUUUGAUACCGACUGA